AUGGCGUUUUUGCAGCCCUUUUUAAGCCCAUGGAUCGCCCCGAAUCUAACUUCACGGAAGAGCAUGUUGCCAGCACGGCGGGCUGCCACUUAUCAUUUUGUGCUAGCUUCUGGAAACAGCUCAGUAAUAGGCUCGCCAAGGAGUCCGCAUGCUUGCCCUACGCUUGUAUCCGCGCCUUGGCUGAGCGCCCGUGCUGCCAAGGCCAUGCCUUUAGCGGCAUCAGCACUUGAUGCUUCGACUUCCACAGCUGCACCCGACCAACAGACAUCAAAAUGUCCGUUCAGCCAGCUUGCGUCAAAGAUCUCAGCCGCUACCGGCGCAGUCCCUGCAACAUCUGUCAGGGCUGCCCAUCCAGCCGAGCUACAGCCGAUCCCUGGGCCAGCACCGCUGAGCCUCGAGGCCCUGAAGGACGUGAGCAUCAUUUUCCUGGAAGGUCUCCACGUGGCCAUGCUCCGCUUCAGUGACAAGUACGGCCCCAUCUGCAGGUUCGCCAACCCCGCGUCCCUCAACGGCGCCACCAGCUGGGUGUUUCUGAACUCUCCCGAAAACAUCCAGCACGUGUGCGCCACAAAUGUACGGAACUACAGCCGCCGCUACCUGCCCGACAUAUAUACCUACGUGACACACGGAAAGGGCAUCCUGGGCUCGCAGGACGAGUACAAUGCUCGCCACAGGCGACUGUGCUCAGGUCCCUUCCGCAGCCGGACGCAGCUGCAGCGCUUCUCGAAGGUUGUGGUUGAAAGGUGGGUCUCAGCAGUUGGUGGACAUCUGGGCGGAGGCGGUCCAGGGGGUGGUCUGCUGGUCACCGACGUGGCCAUUCAGACCCAGCGCCUGACCCUGGACGUUGUGGGGCGGGUGGCGUUCAGUCACGACUUCCGGCAGGUGGAGCAAGUGCGCAGGGACCUGGCGGGUGCUGCGGGUGACAGCGGGUUGCUCCAGGACCAGGUGCUGUGGGCGGUGAACACAUUCGGGGAGGUGUUGGCCCAGAUAUUCAUUACCCCGCUGCCACUGCUCCGGGUUCUGGACCGACUGGGUUUGCCGCACCUCCGGCGGCUGGAUGAGGCGGUCAGCAUCAUGAGGCGAGCCAUGCUGGACGUCAUCCAGGAACGGCGUACGGCACUGGCGGCGGGUCUGCCGGGUAGGGACGACUUGCUGCAGGCGCUUCUCACGGCCACAGAUGACGCGGGUCGGGGUCUGAGCGACGAGGAGCUCUGGGAGGACGUGCACGACAUCAUGGGGGCUGGGCACGAAACUACGGCAACCACAACCGCGGCCUUGCUGUACUGCAUAUCCGCUCACCCGGAUGUACGGCAGAGGGUCGAGCAGGAGCUUGACGAUGUGCUAGCCCCCUCUUCCAUGGCCCCCCCCUUCCAACCCUGCUCGACUGCCUACCCCGCCAUCCCUUCAGGCGACCAGCCGCCCAGCUGCGAAGCGCUGGAGAGGUUGCCGUACCUCCAGGCGUGUGUCAAGGAGUGUAUGCGGCUGUACCCGGCCAUCCCGGUGUUCCCGCGGGAGACCCUCAGCGACGACGUGCUGCCCUCGGGUCAUGCAGUCAGCGCAGGUGACGUGGUUUUUAUGUCAUCGUACGCCCUAGGUCGCUCAGCGGCGCUCUGGCCAGACCCCCUCACCUUCAACCCCGACAGGUUCACGCCGGAAGGGGAGACGGCUCAGCACCGCUUCCAGUGGCUGCCGUUCGGAGCGGGGCCCAGGAUGUGCCUGGGCGCGUCGUUUGCUCUGCGCUUCCGCUUCACCCCCCUGCGACCCAACACCCCCAUCCUCCCCGUGGCGUACGACAUCACCAUGAACUUCAACCCCUCCGCCGGACUGCACAUGAGGGCGAAGAGCCCACUCACCAACCCUGCCUGCAUCUCCUGCAUGGACCAGUUGCCAUUCAUUAUCAGCAACCCGCCAGGCUGUAGGACAAGGUGCUGCACUUUAAAAUGUGGCAUGUGUGCCACCGACUCGGCAUCCACCCACUGCUGUUUCCUAGCCUCUUGCACACCAGAUGCGCUCAGUGAUGGCUGCCUGGUGCCACGAAUAGUGUUGUCUCCGGACGGCGCAGCGAGAUCGCGGAAUGUACGAGGGCGACCCAUGAGUUUUCCGCUAGUGCCGGUGUUUAGGGCGGUGACCACGCUUAUCUCGCUCUCUCACUUUCAACGAGCGGUAUUCCUUUUAGGAAUCUCCUAA